CCUCGUCGGGGACAAUCUAAUAUGGUGCGGGUGGCACUUUGAAAUGUCAAGAAGAAGAUAAAUGUGGUCAAGAACAGUGCGCACGGUUUCGUCAAGCUAAACUCAAAACAUGCAUAAUUUUUAGAAGAUCAAUCGGAGUCCUCCGCCAACCACUAUGGGCGCGGUUCGUUUUGCAGCCAGGCGUCGGCUGAGCAAGAGAGAUUUCUAUUGGCCACCGCCGAAGCACACAGGUGUGAUCCCUCUGGGAACCGACGGCAAGCAGGCUUUCGUUUUCCACGGCAAGAGCGAGGAGAGCGGUCUGCUGGAGCCGCAAGUCGCGGUAACGUUGAAGCCGUCGCUCGCGAGCAAACUGGUACUAUAGCGAGUUGUACCACGAGAUCGACGUCGAUGCUGUUUUGUUUCUUUUUUUCGAUGGCUAGAAAUCGGCUUAAAGGAAAACAACUUUUCCUCUUCAAAACGCAAUUCCAAAAUCAGGUAUAAUAGUUCAAAUAAAUCGUCUCUAGAAAAUAAAACAGUUUUCUCUGACUGCGGAGGAGCUUGGCGAGGUUGAAAAACUGGCACCGAGGAUAAGUUCCUACUUUGAGCUGUACGCGGCACAAGUAGCAGAGCACGACCGCCGAGUCCAGCGAGACCAAAUGCGCUCAGAUCUGUUUACACUUUCCAUGGGUCACUCAUGAUGCAAUGCUACGAGCUUUCUUAUCCUCUUUUUUCUACGGCGGUACUACAGAGUAAGUAGUGUCUACUCGCAGUAUAGUUUUUGUUCUGUUAUCAAUAGAGAUUUUUUUUUUUUCGAAUGAUGUUUGUUUCGAUCAGCUGAAGCAGUUCAUUCACCGAUUUCGCCUGCAUAACGAAGAAAAAGAAACCAAGAAGAUCGUGAUCUUACAUGUGUAAUGCACAAAGACAAAGGUCAGUACAACUACAAGGGGAGGAUCAAGAGGACUUCAAACUUUGACUUCCGACCACCCACAAUCGAAAUUUUC